UUAGACUAGAGUAGCAAACAGCGGACACCAGCAGCAUGCGGCACUGGACCGACACGCAUACAGAACAAUAACAACAACAACAAUAAUAACCACUUUACAUUUUUACACAAAUUAACAUCAGAAUAGUGUGUCGAAAUACAAUAUUCCAGCGGCAUGGAGGUUUUAAGGAACUCUGGAAGUCGCACGCCAUGUGAAAAAAAUCUAAUUUGGUGAACGCGGAGAAAAAGCUGGAUUGCAAGGGAAAAGCGAAAGUUAAAAGGCUGUGAGCGGGAUGUCGGUGGAUGAGAAGCCUGGGGCGCCCAUGUACGUGUAUGAGUCGACGGUCCACUGCGCCAACAUCCUCCUGUGGCUCAACGACCAGCGGAGGCGCGACAUCCUCUGCGAUGUCACGGUACGCGUGGAGGGCAAGGAGUUCCGGGGCCACCGGGCCGUGCUGGCCGCCUGCAGCGAGUACUUCCUGCAGGCGCUCGUCGGACAGCCCGACCGCGAGCUGGCCAUCAGCUUGCCGGAGGAGGUCACUGCCAGGGGAUUCGCCCCGCUGCUGCAGUUCGCCUACACGGCCAAGCUGCUGCUGUGCAGAGAGAACAUCCAGGAGGUGAUCCGCUGCGCCGAGUUCCUGCGCAUGCACAACCUGGAGGACUCCUGCUUCCGCUUCCUGGAGGCGCAGCUGCUGAACGAGGAGGACGGCGUGACACUCUGCCACAAGGGGGCGCCGCGCCCGCCGGCGGGGGACGGCGAGGACGAGAGCGCCAGGUCGGAGGCGGCCGCGGUCGCGUCGCCCGAGGCGGGGCUGCGCUCUGACCCCCUCGACGACCCCGACCCCCCACAGCUGCCGCCGGAGGAGAGUGACCAGUCCGGCAGUGGAAGUAGCCUCGCCGACCUGGAGAAGCAUGCCGUCUCCGACCUCCCCCGCUGCCCCAAGUACAGGAAGUACCAGUGGGCCUGCGGCAAGCACAAUAGUGACACCUCCACGCGCACCAGUACCUCAGGUUUCCCUGGCACAUUCGGGGGGGCCCUGGGCGGAGGCAGCGGCGGUGGCGGCGGAACCACAGCUGUGAAGGUCAAGGAGGAACCGGACGCCGAGGAAGAGGUCGCCCCGCCAUGCCUGUCUGGCGACGAACCCGACGCCCAGGAGACGAUGGAGACGGACGGGGGGCACCCCAGCCCCAAGACGGUGAAGCCGCCCACCUGCCUCCGCUCCUUCUUCCAGAGGGGCGUGGACCUGGCUUCCCUCCCCGGCACGGAGCAGCUGUUCGCCGACAGCCGGCUCGCCUGCGCCCAGGACAAAGCAGCAACUCAGGGUGACCACAAAAAGAACUACGGGCCUUUUGCCGACACGCAGGAUCUCCCCGCCCCACCCCUCAAGGGUACGGACGGCCUCCUGCCGGGCCUGUCACUGAAGUCGGCCUCCUGCGACGGCGUCUGCAAGCAGGAGGCGGAGCUGGACCGGCGGAGCGUCAUUUUCUCCUCAGGGCCGUGUGAGCGGCUUGGCACCCCGGCGCAUUCCUACCCCGGUGGGAACUCCCUGGACAAGGAGCUCUCCGAGCACAUGCCAAAGGGCCUGUGGAGUGGCGUCAGCCAGUCCCUGCCCUCCUCUCAGUCCUACUCCCCUGGCGCGGUCGCCCAGACCGAGACGCCCCUGCCCUGCCGCCCGCGCCCCAACACCAGCUGCCCGGUGCCCAUCAAGGUGUGCCCGCGCUCACCGCCCUCCGAGACCAGGACGCGCACCUCCAGCUCCUGCUCGUCCUACUCGUAUGCGGAGGACGGGAGCGGGGGGUCCCCCUGCAGCCUGCCCCAGUUCGAGUUCUCCUCCUCGCCCUGCUCCAACGCCACGCGUUGCCUGGCUGCCGACCCGCCCGACCGGAGCGCGGCCGCCGAUGCCAUCUUCGGCCAGGUGCGGCCCAAGAUCAAGUGCGAGCGCUCGUACGGCACCAACUCCAGCGACGAGUCCGGGUCCUUCUCGGAAGGGGACAGUGAGUCCUGCAACCUGAGGCCGCAAGGGCCAGAGAUCAAACUUCCUUUUCCAGUUGAUCAAAUCACAGAUCUUCCACGGAACGACUUCCAAAUGAUGAUAAAAAUGCACAAACUGACCUCAGAUCAGCUGGAGUUCAUCCAUGACAUCAGGCGCCGUAGUAAGAACCGCAUCGCUGCGCAGCGCUGUCGCAAGAGGAAGCUGGACUGCAUCCAGAACCUGGAGAGUGAGAUCCGCAAACUGGUGUGUGAGAAGGAGAAGCUCCUGACAGAGAGGAACCAGCUGAAGGCCUGCAUGGGGGAGCUUUGGGAGAACUUCUCCUGCUUGUCCCAGGAGGUGUGCCAGGAUGUCCGGCUGAGCCCGGAACAGGUGCAGUCCCUGCACCGCUACUGCCCGGUCCUGCGUCCCGCCCCCAGUCCCGCCCCCAGCCCCGCCCCUGCCACCAGCAUUGACCUCACCAUAAACCCUGACUCCCCUGAACCCGAGCCCACCGUCGACCCUUCCCACUGCCCCUCUGAGAGAGAGCCUGGCUCCGCCCACUGGGAGCCCAGCAGCAGGGCCAAUGGGCUGGGAGGGGUGGGCCUGGGGGAGGAGCAUGAGACAGGCCCCGCCCACCCGGAAUCAGGGCCCUCCCUGGAACAGUGCAGCCCCACGGUAACAGUGGAUUUCUGCCAGGAAAUGACUAAUAAAUGCACCACAGAGGAACAGCCCAGACAGGACUGCACUUAGUGGCAGCAGGAAAGUCUCUUUUUUUAAAUCCUCUUUUUUUAUUUUUGGUUUAUCUGACGCACCACUGCCUUGAGGUGGCUCAGUCAGUCAGCUUCUACCAGUGUUCUCAAUGUUUUUUUUUUGUCUUUUUGUUUUUUUUAUUCUGAUUUUUUUUUUUUAAAAGGCCGACACUACCGUUGUCUUAACAUCAGCAAUAGUCCAGGUGUUCUCCUCUGCCCGCUACAGGGAGGGACGAAAAUGUUCAAGCAAUGGUGCUACCCCCAUGCUGCGGCAGGGA